AUGCAUUUACAAGAAUCUUUUUCAAAAACAACAAUCGAUGAACCAUCUAAAACUAGUUAUUCGGAUUCCCCAUCAAAAGUAAGUAAAAUGACGGUUAAUUUUAUGGAAAACCGAGAAAUACAUAGAAUAAUUGUAGAUAAUAUUGACUGCACUCCCGACAACAUCAUCGAUCCCGACUAUGGUAGUAUGGAUGAAAAUUUUACACACGCAGCGUUCGAUAAUAAGCCACGUAUUCGCAGUGAAAUAGCUAUUAAAGAAGCCAAAAGUAAAUCCAAGUCUGGUGUCGACACGGGUAUGAAAGUAUAUGCCACAACAAUCUCCCUUGACGACAUAUAUAUCGAUCACACAUCGAACACUGAAGAAGGAUUCACGUCUGAUGAAGUUCAUUUAGAAAUAGCUCCAUCCGCUUUCUACUUGCCUAGACGAGACACUAUUAUGUCGUAUCCGCCGGAAAUAUUUGUUGUUUUAAAAGAAACAUGCACACGUUUUCUGUUUAGUUUACCUAGCUUUUCGUAUGAAAAAGGAACGCCUGAAGGAAAUGCCGUGGAAGAAGAGAAUGAAUUUUACCAGUACAUUACUGUAGGGAAAGGCAAAAACCGAAAAAUGGUAACAGAAGAAACUCAAACUAAAGAGUGUGUAACACAAACAAGACAUACUCUCGUUGUAAGACCUCAGAAAAAAAACGCAACUGCAUUCGCUUCUACGUGGGACAUGCAUGACACCUAUGCUCGUCUCGCCAGAGUGAGAGUUGAAGAAAAACCUGAUGAAAUGGUCAUGUAUCAGUCAGCUGCACCUACUUUAUUGCGUAAGAAAAAACCUACAUUCGAGUCCUUAUUUGAAAGAAAAGGUAAGCUUUUUGAUGAAAUAUCAAGAACUCCAGAAUUUUUGGAUGCUGUUCUUCUGACAGAGCGUGUUUUAGCAACAUUAGAAUAUUCAAAUGCGCAGAAAAAGUUUCGAGGCCUCAUAAAAAUAGAUCCACUAUCAUUAGACUUAAUUUACAUUUACACAAUGAAACAUCUUUGGACGUUAGAGUGUGAGGAAACACAAGAUAGACCCAUAGCAAGUAUUUCUUUCAAUUCAAAAAAUAAAAAUAUAUUAGCUGUUGGUCAUGGGAAAUUUACAUACGCUGAAUAUCAUACGGGACUGGUCUGCGUGUGGUGCACAAAAAAUCCGUGUAAGCCAGAAAGAGUGUAUAAUUUUCAAGACCCACUAACAUCAGUGGCGUUUUCAGAUAAAAAUCCAAACUGGUUAGCGUGUGGCUUCGCAAACGGCGACGUAUUAAUUCUAGAUGUCACAUCUUAUGACAUCAAAACAAUCGCAAAAAGUAAGCGAGAUACGAAUCCUUGCUUUGAACCAAUCUGGACGGUAGACUGGCGAACUAUCGACAAAGACAACCAGUACGUAAUAACGACAUGUCAAGAUGGAAGAAUAAAUAAGUUCACGAGUACAAAAACCCAUGAUUUUAUUUGCACACCAUUGAUGCGUAUUUCCACAGUGGAGGGUAAGAUGAAGGGGUUGGACGCCCCAAAACAAUGUAUCAAAGAAGAUGUUCCAAUAACAAGGUAUCCAGCAGCAUUGUGUAUGAAAUGGCACCCAAAAAUUGAGCAUGUUUAUCUCGUCGGCACAGACGAAGGCUGCAUUCAUAAGUGCUCAACACAUUAUCUAAAUCAACAUAUGGAUGUUUUCAGAGCUCACGCAAGCCCAGUAUAUAGUAUACAAUUUUCUCCAUUCAUGGAACAGUUAAUAGCUACUUGUGGGGCAGACAAUGCGAUCAGACUUUGGAUUGAGGGCAUCGAUGACGUAAUUCUUACUAUGAACUGUCCUACCGCUGUAUACGAUAUAGCGUUUUGUCCAGUAAAUUCAACAAUUCUCAUAUCAGCGAGUGGUAAUGUCCUUUCGAUAUGGGAUCUUAGACGAAAAACUCAUAUGCCUUGUGCAGAAUACUCUUUCCCCGGACAUGUGGUUCUAACGUACAUCAAAUUCUCACCCUCAGGAGACAACGUGUUUGUUGGUGACACGCUCGGACGUGUUCAUACGUUCCAUUUGGAAGACACGCCCAUACCGCCUUUCGACCAGAAAAAAUUGUUAGACGAAACGAUAAAGAGAGCAAUAUGUACUCGACCCCAGUUGUUGAGGCAAUUAGAAAAGUUAGAGAAGUUUAGAGAAAAGUUUGGU